ACCAUGUAGCCAGAUAGUUGGAUUGUAAACAAGAGGUGUCAGUAAAACAGUACAGAGCUAAAGCGCGUUUCUAUUAGCUAAUCAAUAACUAUCGUAUAAAUAAAUCGAUGUGUUUUUAAAUGCAAUGCCCUUCCGGCAGCGUUGCCCAUUUCGAUGUAAAACGGGUAUGAACAGUAUUCAAUCCCCGAAACUGUAAAAUAGCCUACGUAGCUAACGUUAGCUAACUUAGCCUAGCGAGCUACCAUAGCAAAUUAGCCUAUUGGUAAAGGAUUUGUUUAGCUAUACGUGGAGGUGUAGCUGUUUUAGGACUCUUAAUGUUUAUGCUCUAAAAAGUCUGGAGCCCUUAAGCCUUCCAAGGCAGUGUCAGGCACCACCAUGGCCACUGUGAAGACAGAAGGAAAAGAGUGUGAGGAGGAAAUACUACAGAUGGCUUUUAAGAAGCUGCGUGUGGAUGCUGAAAGCUCUGCAACCGCAGCAUGUGUAUGUGAGGCUUUGGCAUCCAGAGCUGGAACUCGAGUCAACACAGAUGGAGCCAAACCCAAGAUUUCUUCCCCAAAAGAGAACUGGCUUGGAUGCACGCGAAAGUCCUCCAGAGGGGUAGUGAGGAGCCAAAGGAGAAGAAGAUCAAAGUCUCCCAUCGUUCACCCUCCAAAAUUCACCUACUGCAGCUCCAAAAUGCCCACAUCCCCUGGCCCCCUUAAACACAAGAGCCCUCCAGAUCCAGAUGACCCCAGAGCUACACUGGGCGUGCCUGCCAAGAAGGAGCUGCUGUCGUCUGUUUCGUGCUCUCCCAUCUUUGGUGCAUCUGGCUAUGAAGCCCGCCUCUCGGCUGCGCUGGAGAACCACAGCCCACUGCUGCUGUGCACCGGGACCACCUCGGAUGACGAGAGCAGCACCGAAAGCACAUCCUGCCUAGGGGGCGAAUGCACCCUGGCUCUGCCAGAGGAAAGCGGCACCACAGCACAACUCGCCACCCCUCCCGAUUUCCGAUCCCUUCGCGAGCAGCGCGAGGGCAGCCAGUGCCCAUGCAGUCAGCAGGAGUGCCAUUGUUCAGGCUGGCGGGCCCUGGAAGUCUACUCAUUCACAGGCCUCCGUGACGUCAUCUCCGAAUGCGAGAGGAAACUCCCCAGUCCUACAGAUGCGACUCAGAGCUCCAGAACUCAGGCCGGGGCCGGAAGCAGCAGUGCUGGAUCGGCGACAUCCAGCUCACCACGCUCCUGUUCUGAGCAGGCCCGUGCCUAUGUGGAUGACAUCACUAUAGAGGACCUGUCAGGCUACAUGGAAUAUUACCUUUACAUCCCCAAGAAGAUGUCACAUAUGGCUGAGAUGAUGUACACUUAAAGAAAUAACAUUGAUAGAAGUUUAGUAAAUUGAAGGAAUGUGAGAGACAUACUCAUAAAUAAAAGGGAUACAUAUAAAAGAUAGGAUUUUUUUUAAUGGUUAAAUGGUUGGGCAUGAAAAUGUUAUUUAAAUGGUUUGACUUCUUUUGGUGUCUUUUUUCAUCUCCCAUUGUUUGAGAAAUUAAAACUCACGGAGUAUGACUUAUCAACCUUUUAUAUGGUUAUGGUUUUUCUUUUGUUUGGUUUACGUACAAAAUUGCCAAAGCUCUGUGCCAGAUAUUGCAGGUUUGAUUUGUAUUGGUAUAUGCAAAAUUGUAAUGCCAAGUAAUAAUUAUUUUCAAUUUGUGUUGUCUAGCUUUUCCAUAAAAUCAUAAUAAAACACUUUUGUUGAUAAAAGCAA